AUGGGCGGCGUGGGGAAGACGUUUCUAAUGCAAAAUGUCUUCGACAGAGCAAAGGGAAGGUUUAACAAGUCGAUCUGGCUUUCUAUUUCUCAGACUUACUCCCUUAGAAAGUUGCAAGCUGACAUGGCCUCUCAAAUAAAGUUGCAAGCUGGCGAGGACUCGCAAAUAAAGUCGCGAGCUGACGAUGUCAUUUAUGGACAUGUAACUGAGGUGCAAGGAGCACAGUUGAUUCAUGAGUGUUUGACAAACAGAAGCUCUCUCAUUGUGCUUGAUGAUGUGUGGUGGGCAACUAGGGAAGAUAACUUGAUAUCUGCACUUGGCCUUCCAACUGGGAAUAACACCCACCAACAAAAUCAGCCGCCUCAUCAACUUGAAGGGAUUGCUCGACAAGUUGAAAGGGAGUGUGUGAGAUUGCCCUUGGCAGUUAAAAUAGUGGCAGCAUCUCUGGCAGGUGAGGCAUCGUCAAGGGAGUGGGAAUCCAAAUUGGGACAACUAAAAGCAGUAUCUUAUACGGAGGAUCCAAUUAUGCAGAUUCUCAAGCUAAGUUAUGAUUCUCUUCCUCCUUAUCUUAAGCCUUGUUUUGCAUAUCUUUCUUUCUUUCCUGAAGAUGCAGAAAUAGAGUACCGAUACCUCAUAAACCUUUGGGUAGCUGAAGGAUAUGUUCCUCAAGGAGACGACCAGCUGGGCAUUGGAUGGAGGGUUGUUUUUAAUACUAUUGCUUGA